UUACAUUUUCACAUUGAGACUUCAUUUGUAUACAUUUAUUUACAUUAUCAUCCUUUAAUUAUAUUCAUUUGCUUGUAAUUUUAUGUAUUAAUUUAUUUCAAUUUAUAAUUAUACCUGUUUAUUCCGUUACUCUAGUUCACAUUUUUGAAGGUUUACGUUUUACAUGGUAUUCUGUUUGAAAGAAAAGCAUGAAUCGAGUUGACAACCCAAAAGUUUUCGCUAUCCAAGCAAAAAAGAAGCGUUCUAAACCAACCAAAACAAAACGAAACACUGAAGCUCAAAAAACACAAGAGAGAGUUACCAAACCGCCACCACCUCCUCCGUCGGCUCCACCCGUUGGAUCGAGAAUCAAUAACUGUGAAGAUGAUGAUGAAGAACCGUAUGUGUCAGAUUCAGAUGAACAAGAAGAUCCAUCUGACUACCAAAAAGGUGGUUAUCAUCCAGUAAAAAUCGGUGAUGUUUUCAACGCUCGUUACCAUGUCAUACGUAAACUUGGUUGGGGACACUUUUCAACAGUCUGGUUGAGCUGGGAUCUUGUGUUAAAACGAUUCGUUGCUCUGAAAGUGGUGAAAAGUGCUGUGCACUAUACUGAGACUGCUGUUGAUGAAAUUAAAUUACUAAGAAACGUCAGGGAAAGUGAUCCAAAUGAUCUACAUCGAAACAAAGUUGUACAGUUACUGGAUGAUUUUAGAAUCAGUGGAGUUAAUGGAACCCAUGUUUGUAUGGUUUUCGAAGUUCUUGGAUCUAAUCUUCUCAAGCUUAUUAUCCGUUCAAAUUACGAAGGAAUUCCUCUUCAAAAUGUGAAAUCUAUUAUUAAACAGGUACUUCAAGGAUUGGAAUAUCUUCACUCAAAGUGUCAAAUAAUUCAUACCGACAUUAAGCCGGAAAAUAUAUUACUCGAGGUUGAUGAAAAUUACAUCCGUCGAUUAGCUAUCGAAGCAACACAGUUGCAUAAAUUAGGGUUAAGACUACCUGGUUCUUUGGUUUGUACAGCUCCUAAAGACCAAUUUGAGCCACCCAGUACCUGUAAGAUAUCAAGAAAUAAGAAGAAAAAGCUGAAGAAGAAAGCUAAAAGACAACAACAACUACUCGAAAUGCAACUCCAAGAGUUAGAACAGAAUAAAGACCAACCUAUGCCUCUCGAUACCAGUCAAGAAGUUGAUCAAAUGGUUGACGAACCUUCCGUAUUCAUCGAGAAUAAUAAUGAUAAUAAUGGAACUAAUAACUCGGUUAGUAAGCCUGUCAGUGAAUCAGUUGAUGAUGUCAAAGGAGAUGAAUACAAACGUCGACAUGAUAAUUCCGGGCAUUCAUCCAGAAGUUCAAGUAAAUCAUCUGUUAGCCAAAGGGUUUGUAAUGGUAAAUCAAAAAGUAUAUCAUCCGCUGUAAAUGAAAAAUGUGAUGAACCCGUUAUUGCUGUGGAUGAAGAGAAACCAUGGGAUAAAGGCAGGUCAGAAGGUACUUUAUCUACGAGUGAAGGUAAAAAAGAUACAACCAAAGCCAUCUCCGAUUUAAGGCGUGUUGUCUCCUGUCCUGAUAAUCAGAAACUUAUAACUCAAAUGCCCGAUCCAUCGGUUGAAGUAUGUGAUAUUAAAGUUAAGAUUGCUGAUCUUGGUAAUGCUUGUUGGAUUCAUCAUCAUUUUACUGAAGAUAUUCAAACUCGUCAAUAUCGAUGCUUAGAAGUAAUUCUUGGUGCAGGUUAUUCAGCUCCAGCUGACAUAUGGAGUACAGCUUGUAUGGCAUUUGAAUUGGCUACUGGGGAUUAUUUAUUUGAACCUCAUUCUGGGCACGAUUACACUAGAGAUGAAGAUCAUUUAGCUCAUAUAAUUGAACUUUUAGGCGAAAUACCACGUCACAUUGCUUUAGCUGGAACAUACUCUAAAGAUUAUUUCAACAGAAGAGGUCAACUUCGAAGUAUAAUAUCUUUUAAACCGUGGGGUCUUUAUGAAGUAUUAACUGAUAAAUAUAAAUGGGAACCACAAAUUGCCCAAGAAUUUACUGAUUUCCUAAGACCUAUGCUCGAAUAUGAUCCAGAAAAACGUGCCAAGGCUUCAGAUUGUCUCGCUCACCCAUUUUUAGCUGAUUGUGAUACAGAUUUAACUUAAGCAACUUCUCAACAUUAAAUUUUCUUUUUUCGUUUAUUUCACUUUUACUAUUCUUUCUAACUUUUCCUUAGUUCCUAGCAUUUCUGAAAAAAAUAUUGAUUAAUGUAUCCUGCUUCUCAGAGGUUGCUUUUUUAUUCAAUGGAAUCUACAUCAUCAUUUCUACAUUAAACAUUACAACCUAUUCUUCAAUUGGGUUUUUUUUUAACA